GAGCACACCCGCUCUACCCUCAGCGAUACCUGGAAGUUUGCGAGUUUAGCGAUUUCUCAAGCAUUUAAUUAGUAAAAUCACCUCUUUCCAGUGACACAUUUUCACGCCCGAAGAGAGCGAUGGUAUUCUCACCCAGGCAAAGGAGAGUUGAAAUUGUGACUUGAAGACAAGAUGCAUUUACGAAUUUAAUAAUAAUAAUGAUGCGAAGUGACCUGAUAACAGGAUCUUCACGAGCCCAACGAUCUGAAAGAAGCUAAGAGGUGUUUGAUCUUUUUGAAACGAAGUUUUGUAUAAAUUGCAUUAGGACGAAAGUGGAAGGAGAAAAGUUACAGCAACUUUACAUAAACACACAUCGCCAUGGCAACUAACGGCGUGAGCAACGGUGUACAGAGAAGAAGGAUGGCGGCAGGUGCAAGCACAGACAAGCGCGAGCACCUGUACAAGAUCCUGGUGAUUGGCGAACUGGGAACUGGGAAAACGUCCAUAAUCAAGCGCUAUGUCCACCAGUUCUUCAGUCAGCAUUACCGGGCCACCAUCGGUGUCGACUUCGCUCUCAAAGUCCUUAACUGGGAUAGCAAUACAGUCAUCCGUCUGCAGCUCUGGGAUAUUGCAGGCCAAGAGCGCUUUGGAAACAUGACUCGGGUUUACUACAAGGAGGCCGUGGGAGCCUUCGUUGUUUUCGACGUGACUCGAGCCCAGACUUUCGACGCCGUGACCAAGUGGAAGACGGACCUGGACACGAAAGUCACCCUCGCGGACGGCUCUCCCAUCCCCGCGGUUCUGCUUGCUAAUAAGUGUGACCAGCCCAAGGAGGGGGUCGUAAACAAUCCUGCCCGAAUGGACGACUACUGCCGAGAGCGAGGUUUCAGUGGAUGGUUCGAGACGUCUGCCAAAGAAAACAUUAACAUCGACGAAGCUUCACGAUUUCUUGUUAACAAGAUCCUAAGCAACGAAAAGCAGGGAAUGAUGAUGACCGAAUCCCUGGACACCGACAAGUUCUCCAUCGACGGGAAGGCCAACCCAGCCGAGAAAGCAGCUUGCCGAUGCUAAAGAAAACCAGAUGCUGAAUUCCCACCCACGCUUAGAAGUACUGCGAGUGUCCUUUUAUAGAAUGAUAACGCUACUGUGUACAUUUCCAUUCGCUGAGAUGUUUCUGCCACCAAAACAGGUAGUGAGAAGAGACGAGGUGUGUGUUGUUGAUGAUGAAUAGGAUACAUUGAGGUUGCAGGAAGGGUCUCACUUUUUCAUUAUUAUGAGAUAAAGGGAUAGGGAGUGAUCACGUUAUGGCACUUGCAUUAGGAAGUGAUAUCCUUUUUUGUCUUCUUAAUUUUUGAAUAGGAAGCAAUAGGAUUAUUUGGACUAUUGGUAAUACUCAAUGAAAAUAGGAGAAAAUGUUAAAAAUAGGCAACUUGGGCAUUAAUGUGUGUUUUGGCAGAAAUAUGGAUUGGAGACUUUCAUUUCUUUUGUUUUUUUAUCUAUUUAUGAAAAAAAAUGUUUGAGUGGUUCUGUUGCACAAGAUAAGUUGUUUUAUCUUUACUUUACAUAUUCAAGGAGAAUAUUAUGCAAUUCCAGACUUACUGAAGAUGCAUUCCGUUGUGUUCCCAGGUGAUUUACUUGAUUUCAGUUUCUUCAACUUCUUAUUUUUUUCUCAAAAAUCAACUGCCAGUUGUUGAACUUGUACAUAAUAAGAGGAUAAUCAUUUUGUAUUAGACCAUCACUGUCUCUCUUUUUUGUUUGCUUUCAAAAGUCACAUUAGAACUUCUUUUUCAAAAGCUUUAAGUUCUGUCUUUGGGAUUUCUUAUUAUUGAGUUGCAGAUCAAAGACAAUAAUAUAUUUGGACGGACUACAUUUAAGAGAUCAAUUUGUAUAGAUUGUAAAAAGUGAUUUUAGAUUUUUUUUUACUUAACUGAGUGCUGUAAGAGGUUCAUAAAAUAAAACAAAAAACAUAAGAAACUUGAACCUAAAUCAGGGUUUAGAGAGAAAUGGAGUGUCUCGCUGUUGUGCCAUAGAUUGAAGUAGAGUUAGGUACUCUUUCCAUCCAUUUUUUUAUACAUAGAACAUCACAACAGGAGCUUAUGCUGUGUAUCUCUUGCUUUCUCAUUUGAAAAGAUGAGAGUGUGAGGUGGAACUUUAUAUUGGGCAGUAGACUUCUGUUCAUAUCAAUAUAGUGCUUUCUGGACCAAUUCCUGUGAUACAUUAAUACUGUAAAGACUUUGCAGUGGUUCUUUUUAUGAAUAUGUUAAAUUAAGAAAGGUGACAUUUUACUUUCUUUUCUUAUAUACACGUGUUCAUAUGAAUAAUGCCAAUUGCACUUGAAUGUAUUAAAAUUGUUUGACUAGAUCUGUAUGGAAGGAUAGUUAAUAUAGAAGGAGAAGACGCAUUGUUUUUUGUUAUAUCUUGUGGUGCUUUGUGACCAUGGAUGAAUAUUUUUCCUUUGUAUUUUCUUUCUUUUUUGGCUUUGAUAUAAGAGAAAGACCACAUUAAGAAAUGUACGGACAUGAAACCAUUAGGAUUGUUAGAAAAUGAACCAUCAAGGGGAUAAUUGUUUUAAAACAAGUUCUUUUUUUUUAAUUAAUUUUGGGAAUUUUAAAGACCAUAAGUUUUUAUAUUCACAUAUAAACUGAGAUGUAUCAUGAGUGCAUUGACAUUACUUUUGGUCUUCCACUGAAUACAGAAAACAGAUUGAAUGUACAAGAAAUUCUUCAUUAUAAUAAUAAUGGUAUGUACAGUAUAUAU